AUGUCCUCUCAAGACUUAACUACUCAAACUCAAUCUCCAAACAGUGAACUCACAUCAUGCAAAUGCUCCAACAAUAACAAAGAUUGUGAAUGCGGUAAAUGCAAAUGUUCCGCAUGCAACUGCACUGCAGUUGCUGAAUGCCAAUGUUCCAACAUUAACGAUUCUUCAUGCAAAUGUGUUAGAAAGACCAAGGAUUGUAAGUGUACUAAUUGCAAAUGCUCUCCAUGCACUUCUACUGUAACAGUUCAUUUACAAUCUCUAAAUAUCCAAGAUUCUUCAUGCAAAUGUUCUGCCAAGACUAAUGGCUGCGAAUGUACUGACUGCAAAUGCUCCACCAACAGUAAUGACCGUAAAUGUUCUGACUGCCAAUGCUCCCCAUGUAGUUGUAAGGUAACCGUGGAAUGUCACUGCCCAAACGCUCCACAAUCAUCAUGUAGAUGCUCUCCAUGCACGUGCUCUGCAAUUGUUGAAUGCCAAUGUUCUAAACCUAAGAAUUCAGUAUGCAAAUGCUCCGCCAAUACCAAAGACUGUAAGUGUACUGACUGUCAAUGCACAAAUGGUCAACUACCAUCAUGUGAAUGCUCUAGCAAGACCAAAGAUUGUAAGUGUACGGAUUGUCAAUGUUCACAAUGUACUUGUAAGGUAACCAUGCAAUGUCAAUGCCAAAAUGCUCAACAAUCGUCAUGCAAAUGCUCAAACAAGACCAAGGAUUGUACAUGCGGUAAAUGCAAAUGUUCUCCAUGCAUGUGUACUGAAACUAUAGGAUGCCGUUGUUCCAACACUAACGAUUCUUCAUGUCAAUGCUCCACUAAGAAUAAUGACCGUAAGUGUACGGACUGUAAAUGCUCUGCUAAGACUAAUGACUGUCAAUGCUCCCCAUGUACCUGUAAGGUAACCAUGCAAUGUCAAUGCCCAAAUGCUCAACAAUCGUCAUGCAAAUGUUCAACCAAGACCAAGGAUUGUACAUGCGGUGAAUGCAAAUGUUCUUCAUGUACCUGUACUGCAAGUGCUGAGUGCCAAUGUUCUAAACCUAAGCCCUCAGCAUGCAAAUGCGUUGGGAAAACUAAUGAUUGUAAAUGUUAG